AGUCAAAUUGCACAACUGUAUCGGGUUUCACUUGGCCGUCUGUAUUUGGGAUAACGGAUGAGUUCGGGGCGAAGGAUAGUCACUAUUCUGGCAGAUUUUGGUCGUAAUAAUUAAAAUAUCCUAACUGUAAAGCAUGGAUUAUGAAAACGAGGGAUGUCUCCACGAGAUUUUCGAUCGUCAAAUGAAGAGGACUAAUCCGACUGCCACCGCCGUUGUAUCGGAUGAUGGUCGCUCCAUUUCUUUUUCCGAGCUCGACUAUCUCACAGAUAUUUUGGCCACAAAUCUAAGACAUAAAGGAGUGGAAAGGAACAGUGCUGUGGGCAUGUAUCUGGAAAAAUCGCUGGAAUAUCCUAUUGCUUACACAGCCAUCCUUAGAGCCGGUGGUGCAUACAUGCCGUUGGAACUUUCAUACCCUGAAAACUUGCUGUAUUCGAUUUUAGAAGAUGCAAAACCUGCAGCGGUCAUAACAACUGAAAACCUGAAGGAAAAAAUCCCAAGCUCAGUUACUGUGAUUGUUUUGAACGAAGGCUGGGCAGACAGACUAGCAAAGGAGAAUGAAGCUGGACCAGUUUUGGAGGAAGUAAAAAGUACAUUAGAUGAUUUAGCUUACAUUGUUUACUCAUCGGGGACAACUGGUAAACCAAAAGGUAAAGUGUAACGGUUCUUUUUUUAGAAAACUUUGACUCUUCCAAGAGACAAACAUAUUUACUUGAGUUAAUUUACUGACAGUAAUAUAUCUAACAGCAAGUAGUUUCUUUGCCUUUUAUGAAUUAUUAAUUUUUGUCUUAAAAAAUGGUGGAUCAAAAGAUAAGAACAUAUGUCUGUGACGGAAAUCCGUGCUUUCAAUCAAGCUUUUCUAGUUUUGGUUUCAAAUUUCUCUUUGGACUCUGCACUCAUCACUGCUGAUUUUUGACGGUGGUCAGCUGAGGGUCAGUGAAGGUUUGUUGCAUAUCGCCAGCUGUUGGAUGUUGUGAUGAAAGUUUAAUGACCGGAUUACCUUAAAUGCAACUUUAAUAAAGUGAGCAAAAUGAAAUUAUUUUAAUACGAAAGUGCUUCUCUCUUAUUAAAUUGUUUUCAUUGAUGCAUUUGCCGCGCUCUUUUGGUAAAAUUAAAGUGACCUUAGAAGCAAAGGUGAAUCCCGCGUUUAUCAAACAAAAACAAAUGGAGGAUUUUGAUUUUAAAAGUGCUUGUUUUUUUUUUCUUAUUUUCUUGGUCAGUACAUUGAAUAGCGGAAAUUGAAAAAGUAGGUCCAAGACAACGUUCAAUGAAAAUUUUCCAGGUAUAAAAUUCAAUGCCCUCUGCCCUGAAUAACCUUGUGGGACAAAAUUUUGGAAAAUAUUCUUUGCUUUAUUUAUUUCGCAUUGCUGCUAAUAAUACAUAUGAUAUAAUACAUUGCUUUUGUGACAAAUAGUUAUGGUGAGUCCUGGGACUCAUCUGGGGCGACUAAGAAUUCAAGGAAACUGGCCCGGCUCACCAUCAAGCACUGGAGUUAAGUUUCAGCCAUGUAAACGAAUUUGCAUGUCUUUGCAUCCCUGACUCUGGUAUUGCUACUGAACCUGGUUUGGAUCUAAGUUCUAGCCGUGGCUGUUAUUUGGCUUAGCGAGAAAAACUUGAUUUGGGUGGUUGAUAUCAUUCACAAUUUUUGGUUUAUGUGGCUUGUGUCAUUUUUUUAAUACAUGUACAUGUAAGCAACACUUGGCUGAGGACAAUGUCCGGUUAAAGUUUCUCUCUUAUGUAUUGUAAUCUUACUUUAAGUUCAAAUUUUCAGGAAUAUGUUGUCCACACCGUGGUGCUGUUUUCUCGUAUACCUGGCGACAUCAAAAUUAUCCAUUCCAACCUGAUGAUCGUGUUGCUUGCAACAUUUUCUUUACAUGGGAGCUAUUCCGACCUCUUCUUAAAGGGAUCCCCUUGUAUGCGAUUCCUGACUCAGUCAUUUAUGAUCCACCACUUCUGCUGAAAUUUAUGAAGAAGCAUGGGAUAACACGUGUCCUGUUCACUCCAUCUCUUCUUGGUAAGAGAAAUAUUUGCUAUUGUCCUUGUUGUACUUUGCUUACUGUCUUAGUCAGGGCAGUCACUAAGGGCUGUGGGUUUCCCCUGUCUGCCAUGAAUAUGACCCCUGGCUAAUUCUUUCAUAGGAAGCAAAAGGGAGAUAUAACCCAAAGAACUUUGUAGUUGUUUAAUUCCCUGAUUACUAAUCACCUGUUUCUGGAAACUUGAAAUCCCAAUGACAGCCGUGACUAAUCCUCUGAAAAGUACCGCAAACUGAAUUCUCAUUGAAUUGAAGAGCAGAUUACAGCUCUGUAAAAGUGAUGGCUAUGUGGAGAAAAAAUAAGCCCAUUAAUAAACAAUCAAACGGGAAUGUAUUUCCCUCAGAAGUAGCUGCUUACCAGGGUGUCCAGGGAUGAAAUGUUUAAGAACCAGAAAUUAUGAAAAGGCACACCCUCAGAUUGAGACCGUGGGAUAGCUAGUUAACCAAAUACUUGUUGUACACACUUGCAAGACCAGUUCCUAAUCCAUCUUGACCCAACAACAACUUUCGUCAAAGGAUCAACUGCAGGGCUGUGCUCUAGCAGAGCCUGUUGGCCCCUGGCGCCUAACUUUUGCUCUUGGAUGACUAGAAAAUCUCAGAUUUUUUAUACAAAUAAUAUGCUGGGCACACUGAAAUUUAAAGGUUCCAAGCACUUGGCUCCCUUCAAUCUUCCUUAGAGCACAGCCUUUAACUGCUCUCUUUAAUCAUAGCCUGUGCAGUCUUAUUUUUUUAAAAAUUUUUCAAUAUAUUUUUCUAGAGACAAUUUUGACUUGUGAAGACAGUGACAUUGCUGGCCACCUUUCAUCUAUGAGAGUCAUCUGGCUCUGUGGAGAAGUUGUGACCACAGCCCUGAGAGACAGGUGUAUGAGGACUCUGCCUUGGAUCAAGCUGCUGAAUCUCUACAGCAUUUCAGAAUGUCAUGAUGUAGCUGUCGCUGACCUUACAAAUUUGCCCUUCCAAGAUGAAGUAAAUAAACAUAUUGUAUUGUAACUUUAUGAAGUUUUUAUCAAACUAUCCGAAAAAUAUGUAUGUUUGAUUAUUUUAUUAGUUUUGCUGCAUUAUACAGUUUUUGCUUGUAUGAUUUGUUUUUUUAUAAUCAUGUUUUCUCUUUGUUUCUUUCUGAAGCUGUCUGAAAAAGAUGAUAUGAAGCGUAAAUUCUGCCCAGUUGGAAAGUUGUUGCCAGGGGUCUAUGUUGCUAUCAUGGAUGAUGAUCUGAAACCAUUACCGGUGGCCCUCCCAGGAGAGGUGAAUUCAGCGUGCAAAAAAGUAGUGUCUGAUAGCCCAGGGCUAGUAGAUUUUGCAGAUUAUUGGACCAGUGAAUUCUGUUCUUAACUUGCCCUACAGGGAAUUAAAACUACAGAAGAACUGUAAUCAAUGCUCAUCAAAAAAAUUUUGGUGUGCGACAUACGCAGACUGCAGACUGGCAGGUAAAUGAGGUAAACCUGGUUGUGAAUUGCUUUAACAGAUUCCCUGUCCUUAAACUUUAAGUCUUCUAAGGUUUGUUGUAGAGACAGGGAUUCUGUUAAAGUAUUUCACAACAAUGUUUACCUUAUUUACAUCUGCAGUCUGCAUUUUUUCGCACGCCGUAAAAUUUUUUGGGCUAGUUGAAAUGACUUUUGGGCAAGUAGAUGCUAGCUGCAGUUUGCCCAAAUGGCAAUUAAGCUUUAAAACUGACUUUCUUUGUCCCCUCUAAAUUUACUAUAUUGUAUGAAAGCCUAUAACCCUUAAAGCUACAGUCAAAUGAUAAAAAAAAAUAUAAAAAAACAUAACUUACAUUUCUUUUUAGUUAGUUUUGUGUGUGCAGAAUAACUAAACCUUUUUUUAGGUGACAUCACUAAAAAAAAAUAAAAAAGGCAUGCAUGGGUUGACAGCAAAUUGCUCCUUAAUGUUUACUACUUUCUGCUUGAUGUCAGCAUUAUGUAUUUUGCAAUUCCUUCUGCUUUAGAUUUUUGUUGGAGGACCUACGUUAGCUCAUGGUUACCUCAACAGACCAGAACUGAAUGCUUACAGAUUUAUUGAGUGUCCAGAGGAAGUUCCUCAGUCGGCUGGUCCUAAACUGUAUCGUACAGGUGACUGGGGUUACUUGCUAUCAUCUGGCUUGUUGGAGAUUUGUGGUCGCUGUGACUCAAUGGUGAAGAUUAGAGGAUACAGUAUUGAAACACAGGUAGGUAUUGGUAGCCUGAUGUAAAGAUGCACUCAUAACAUAGACUGCGUUUACAGAUAGCCAUUGCAACUCCUGAAGGAGGAUCAUGAAGUUAUCCCUAUAUUAGGUCUCUCUUUACAGAUAACCCACCCAGCUCAGGAGAGGUUGGCCACACCACCGGGCUCUAUGUCCCCUACUCUUUCCAGUGGUGUGGGUUCUUUUAUGUCCAACAAGAACCAGAUAUAUAAUUGAAAAUGCUGUGAGAAGACUAGAAAGUCUAACCAUUUGCAGAUGUCUUUAAAAAAGCAGCACUUUCUUCUUAGUUAUUUAAAAGACCCUGAGUGUUGGUCCAGCAAGGGGUUUGAACCAAAGACCUCCUACUCAGCAGACAUGGUGCUCUCGCAGAGUGUAGCUAACCAGGCCCAACUAUAGUCCCAGCUUGUCUUCAGGUCUAUGUAUAUGCCAGUGUCCAAAGUUUUUACUUGUCUCUCAGCAUCAUUUGUAUAGGGCUUUUGUUUAUCAAAUUCUACAUACCGUAAUGAUUCGAUUUAGCGCCCUCCUUCCAAUAAGCGCCCCCCUUCGAAUGUGUUUUUGUUAAUAAGCGCCCCCUAUUCUAAUAUUAUUACAUUGCCUGUUAUUGUUAGUUACCAUAGAUAAACUCAUGAACAUUCACCGUACUGUACAUGUAUAUUUGUUACUGCUAAAAUGAACAAUUCUUUUAAAAGUAACUGAACUUUCAACAAUUUGUUACUGUUACGGUUUCUGUUAUUGUUAGUUAUUUUAAUAUUUAUUAAAGUUUUGUUUUGAACAUUAGGUUGUUUCUCAAAAAAUUAAAUAAGCGCCCUGUCCCGAAUAAGCGCCCUGUCUCGAAUAAGCGCCCUCCCUUGAGGUACCAAAAGUAAAUAAGCAUCCCGGGCGCUAAAUCGAAUCAUUACGGUAGUCAUAUUUCAGGUUUUCUGUAGAAUAUGAGACUUAUUUUAUGUGCGGUUCACUGCUGCAUUUUAAAUCUUUAGUAUGUUUUUACCUCCAACAGGCUGUUGAAGCAGCACUUAUUCAGCUGCCUAUGGUUCAAGCCUGCUGUGUGGUUGCUCUUGGAGAAGAGGGGGAAGAUAAGUACCUGGUGGCCUAUGUUGUUCCACAUAAUGGAAACAAGGUUAUUACAUCUCUUUGUUUAGGUUAAGGUGAUCUUUAAGAGAGACUCGAGGGAGUGGGGGUGGACAUUCUCUUGACUAUUUACUGCAGAAAUCCUGAGGUUAUUAAGCAGUGACAAUGAAUUUACAAUGUAUGUGAUUUUGAUGUGUUCUUGAUAUCUUGAGAUGCUAUUCAUUACCAUUUGGUUCAACUUGUUAUUCUGAUAGACAAAUAUUAUUAUGCCUCAUUUGUCUUUGUCUGUUUUUGUUCCAUUUUUGUCAGGCUUGCAAGAAAGAUAUCAGAGCAAUACUAAAGAAAAGGCUUCCUUUUUAUAUGAUACCAUCUCAUUUUGUUCUUCUUGCAAGGUUUGUUAAAAACAAUUUUUGAUCAAAUAAGGGAUUGUGUGUGUGCAACUGACUGUUUACUUAAUGCUUAAAUAGUGCAAACAAAAAAAUUCAUGUUUUCUUUAUGUCUUUUUCUUGGUAGUAUCCCUGUGACACCAGCUGGAAAGUUAGACAAAAAAAAACUUCCUCCUAUUGGUUCAGAGGGAACAGAUGAGGAAGGUUUGCCAAGCACUCCCACGGAAUGUAGUCUUGUAAAGCUGUGGAGUGAAGUGCUAAAUGUAUCCAGUAUAGAUGUUCACGAAGGAUUCUUUGAUCUUGGAGGGUAAGACAAAUAAAAUUGUGUACCUCAUUGUGUAAUGGACACAGUGAUUACUAUCAUGUUGAAACUGUCUGCAGACAUGAGUUUUGUAAGAGCGUUAUGGAAUCAUCCAUUGUUAGGUGACCUCUGUUUGUUAUUUGAUGGUACCAAGAUUUAGUGACAGUUCCUAUUUUUGAGACAUGCAAUUGCUGUGUAAGACUACAUAUCAUUUUGCUUGUGCUCAAGAUGUCCAUAUUACUUUCAUUAAGAGUUGGACCUGCCUUGAGGAUAUGAAGCAUUUAAAGAUGAGGGCAAACUGCUUAAAAAUUAAUUUGAAAAGAAUGUCACACGGAAGAUGUGGCUUCAGAAGUUUGCUUUUGUAGGGCCAACAAAUUUUUCCUGUGGUACUUGCUCCCUCAAAGGCCUUAUUUAGUUAGGUCACAUGCCAUAUUUUUUUAAACAGCUGUUAGUGAAAGGGAAACUUUUUUUCAUAAUCUUUUUUUACAGACACUCUCUUUUGGCAACGCAUCUUCUUCAAAAAGUAAACAAGGCAUUUGGUACAAGUCUGACCGUACAGGACCUGUUUGCCUACCCAACAGUAGCGCAAAUGGCGAAAAGGAUUGAUGAACUGAUUCAAAAUGGCACACUGCAGAGCAAGAAGUUAGUGACAUAAACUUUUCAGUCCUUCAUAAUUUUUGGGACAUAGUGUCUUAUUCUCGGGGCCCUUACAACUUAUGUCAAUAUGAAAUUUAUUGUGAAAUAUUGAAUUCAUAUUCAUGCGCCAGUCUGUUUCUUUGACUAUAGUAGUGUUCAACACUCUAAACAAUAUUCAGAAUGCUUUUAGAGUCUACUGGAAAGGUCAGUACUUCCAGUCAAUGUAGUUCUUGCAGUUGUGAUAGAUUGCCUGACAAAAACAUAUAAUAUGAAACUGAAAAGUUAUCCUGUCUGACAUUGUUGGUUAUUCUUGCUUUCAGGAAUCUCUCAGAGGGCAAGGUUGAUUUGCUUAAAGAGGUCAACUAUCAUUAUGCCACUGAUCAGGAAUUCGUCAAGUGUGUAAACUCAACAUCUCUUUCUAUUACACUUCAUGUCUAACAUCAGACUCCACAGAAAACUAGUGUUUCAACCCUAGCACAAUCAUGUUUCCUACAUGUGGUAAAUGUAAUGUAACGUCUAUGCCUGCAUCUUUCAGCCAGUAAAACCUAGUAAUUAAAGCAAUGAGUUAAUUUUCACCUCAAUUAUAUAAUGAAUUUUAAAAUCCUUUCCCUUCCAGGAGUUCCCCUUAAUCAAACAUAACGAUAAUGUCCAAUUUUUUAGUUGUAUUAAAGUAUUGGAAACAAAAAGUACCAUGUGAUUCAAGGACUGUUGAAGAAGUCCAAAGACUCAAAAGCUGGAACUAGAUUCCGUGAGAAAAAAUAAACAAGGCAAUUAUUUAAACUUAAGUGUAUCUAAAAAGAUUGCAAUUUUUUAUUCUUCUUUUGUGAUAGCAUGGACAUCAUGUUAAGAGCAUUUUGGCGCUCUGGAAACUUCAAGAACUCUCGACGGUGGAUGAGAGGGCGUGUACUGUUAACUGGUGCAACUGGCUUCUUAGGAAUGUUUUUGUUGAGAGAUUUGAUAAGGUUUACUAAGGUGAAUUUAACAAAACGUCUUGUAUCAAAACCAGGAGUUUUUUGCAUUCCAAAUGUUAAUGGUUAAUUUUUUGUGAUUGAAGGUGCACAUUUUCUGUAUUGUACGUGAACAACCUGGUUUAGAUGUAAAGGAAAGGUUAAAGCAAGUUUUGCAAAAAUUCAAGAUACUUCCUUCAAGAAGUGACCGUCAGCAAAUGACUGAAGAGGAGCGAUAUGUUGAUUAUGGCUUUGAACAUCGAGUAACUGUUUUGAAAGGUAUUUUUUGUUGUUGUUUUAGAGUUUGAGUGAUAAGUUUCUAUAGAAAUUGUGCUACUGAACAUUUCUGUGAACGAAGAAAAACAUGAAAAUGUGAUUUCCUCAGCUGAUGACCUGGUAAUACAGAAUGAUAAUUGCCUACAAUAAAAAAGGUUCAGUUUUAAGGUGUUUUUGGCAAAGGCCCUGUGUGACUUGACAGUGAUCUUAACGGAAAUUCUCCAACCUCAAAGAGCAAUAAUAAUAAUAAUGGCGGUAAUACUCUUGGCAGUAUUUGUAGCACUGUCGUGGUGCUGAGCAAAUCAACAUUUUUUAAGUAUAUCACCUCUUGACAACUGAUUUUACUUAAUUUCAACAUCUUUGCUUUAGGUGAUGUCUCAUUAAUAAAGCUUGGAGUGAGUGAGGAAGAGUAUGUGCAUCUCUCAUCAGAGGUUAGUUCAGUGAAUAUAGCAUUUUAACAUUUUCAAUGCCUUUAGUAUGUAUGUGGCAGAUUUUAUUUUGGUUCUAAUCACUGGCCAUUGAAACCUCAUUUGAUCUACUGUGGAACAAGUCCAUGAAUUUAGUGGCCAGAAUGCAUCACUUAUCUAAGGUAUUCUUUGUUAUUUCUGGUUCCAUAAGACUCACCUUGUGUAUCACCUCUCUACAGAUUGACUUAAUCAUUCAUGCUGCUGCUGCUGUUAACAUGGUCUAUCCAUACCAGGUCAGUUUAUUUAGCUUGUCAGCCUGGGCCAGGGGAGGUUGUUGCAGUCUAGUUAGAUUAUAGUAAUCUUGCGACUGUCUGUCUACUUUGAACAACAUAACUCAGUAUGUAAUAAGUAUGCAUUUUUCACUUAUAGUACAACCAUUCAUAUUUUUUCCAAAGUGCAUUUUACAAUGAUGUGUACUUAUAUAUGGUGAAAGGGUUAGGUCUUCUCCUUGAUUGUAUUUGUUGUCUGUAUUAUGAGUGACUCCAUAUUUCUACCACAGGCUUUACGAGGAGCAAAUGUUCACGGAACACAGAACAUUUUGCUCUUUGCAUGUACGAGCAAAAUCAAACCUUUGCAUUACAUCAGGUACAAAAGCAUUCUUCUUGAACGUUUUCUAAAGUGAUUUUCUCAGCGAUUAAACCAUGUUAGCAAUUAAGGCAUUAUUUUUCUUUCUGUGUAAUACUUUGGCAAAGGUGAAUACUUAACAUCAAGCUGUCAAGUCUAGUGCUUAAAAAUUUAAUAUCACCAGCUCUAGUUUUACUGCAGUCUUCCUAAAUAUUUCUUCAGAGAAGUAAAUGGCUGUUUGAUAGAGUGAUGCAAAAGAACAACAUCUUCAAAAACAGUGUAACAGAAAAGUAGCUUUCAUUUGAGUGUUUGUAAAUGGUUGUGAUACGCACAUAACCCUGUAGUUUUAACUUGAUUGUUUUUGCUCCACUGCCUCCAAUUCAGUACGGAUGCUGUUUUUCCUCAUGGAUUAUCAAACUGUUCAGAAGAUGCAGACAUGAAAGAAUAUGCCUGCAAACUUGAUGAUGGGUAUGUUUGACUUGUCCUACGUAGCUAGAUAUUAAAGUAUUCCCAUCAAUUCAAGAUAUCAUGGAAGGAUACCAGAUCCAAUGAAUGUCCUUGCCUUUUAUAUGUUAUGUUGCCAAAUGGCAAGUGUCAUUUCAAAGCAUUGCAUUUCCUGUCCGUUAAACACAGAAAGAACACACUAGUAUUGUAAGAUUUUGUGUACAAUGAUCAUGUUAGAUUUGUAUCCUACGUUAACACUGUCACCCACGUCACUACUUACGACAGCAGUCUCGGGAUAAGGUGAUAUAGGUUGCCUUUCAAAACCUCGAAUGUAUUGUCCAACAUGAGAGGUAUGGCAAAGAUAUCCUACGUUUGAGAUUUACAAGCAUCAUCGUCCAAUUUAGUCAUCCUUUGAGAACGAUGUGUCUUAGCCUUUCCACAGUUAUUUUUAAACGAAUUUUGCGGGCACGCCCUUGCGCUAGCGGUCAGUAAACCCCUUGCCGUUUACUUAUUUUCAUACAAGGAUCUCAAGAGACAAAGUAGAGGGUCUGUAAACAGUCUACAGGUGCCUUAUCAGUGCUGACAUUUUCUUAAAUUCUCUGUACAUGUUUUAUACCACAGUCAUGUCAUUGCUGAAUGUUUUCUCAUAGGUAUUCCCAGUCCAAGUGGGUUGCAGAACAGUUGGUGUUAAGGGCUAAAACCAAGGGGCUUCCUGUUUCUAUUUACAGAUUAGGUAUGGAACGACAAGCAAUGUUAUUGUCAUGAUUUUGACGAGACAAAGAACAACCGUAGGAUGAGAAAAACGAGUGGAAUGGGAUUUUUUAGGACAUUCCAAUAUUUCGUGAAAGUUAGGUCCUGUAAAGAUAAACUCCCGCAAAUUAUGAAGAAAGAGAAACACAAAAAUUCAUAUCUCUCUUUUUUCUAUCGGACUCAAUAUUUGCGAAAAUUCGUUCUCGCAAAACCGUAAAAAAAUAAGAGGUAAACCGCGAAACUACCUCUUCCCACUUCCGGAAACAGUAAGUUUACAUUACUUUACUUUCUUUUGGUUAAUGUUAUUGCAAUCCUUCAAUCGAAUUUUUGAUACUUCAGAGCCGGAACAGCCUCUUUCUCAGGCGCUUCGUUUUUGGCAAGGUAGAGGCGAGCGAAUGGUGAUGAACCGCAAGGGACCAUGGAGAGGGUACAGCAGCUCCCUCCCGCCUUCCUUUGCGCGCACAUUAUCUGAGAGAGAGAGAGGUCUGGGUACGAGGCAGGAGCCGGAGUAAUUCCUCUUUGACCCUUAGCAUUCUGUAUCUUGUAUCUUAGGUAACUUGGCUGGUGAUCGUGAACGUGUGCGGUGGAACCCAAUAGAUUUUAUUCUUCUGAUGAUCAAAGGCAUCACUGCGACGCUUUCUGCACCCGAUGUGGACUGGAUGGUGGAAAUGACUCCAGUAGAUUUUGUCAGUGAAAUGAUCGUCAAGAUGACACAGGUUGGACUAGGCGUACAUUACAAGACCUAUUAAAAUUAACCGUCUCUAAAACGGACAUUGCUGAGCCCGACACCGUAUGAUAGAGGUGUUGGUCUUAUAGACGAAAAUAGUGGACCGAAGAAUGUCAAUUUCUGUAAAUCAAUAGGCCAUUCAAAACGAGGAUAGGUGCUCAGCCUUUGAUAUGGAAGUCAUUUUUCAUUCUCAUGCAAAUAAAACUCAUUUUCACAAGAAAGGUUGUGCACCUAGCCUCGUUUUGAAAGUGAGAGUUUUUGGAACUCGGAAGUGACCUAUUACCAGCACCUGAAAGACCACUUCUUGUGUGGCAAUCUUGCAAAGUUUAGUUUGGUUACGUGCUUUGAAGAAAACGGAAGUGCACUGAAAAUGUCGUUUUCACACUUAAAACGGUCUUCUGACCAUAAGCAUUCUGAUGACGUAAAUGUUAUUAGCAUUGCAAUUAAUUCACUUUUUGUAUCACACAAUUUAGGAGAUGUCAAUUUCUAUGGGAAAAGUAUUUCACGUCAUCAAUCCACAACCUCUGAACGCAAAGUACGUGUUGUCGUUUUCUUUUCUUUUCUUUUUCCCUAACGGUACGCUAAUAGACUUAGGAUUGCAGAUAAUUUACUUAAGUAAGGAGAAUAAUUUAGUUUCAAGGCAAAUGAAUAUAUUACAGUCUGUGCAAAAAGAGUAUUACUUUUUUCCAGGUGGUUAUUUCAGUGGAUGAGUGUUCACGGUUAUCCUUUGGACAUUAUUUCUUUUAAAGAUUGGUGUAGUAGGUAAAGUUAAUUCUUGAAAUUCUGAGAAUGCCUUUCCUUCCUUUUUUAAUUACCUUGUUUUUCACUUAUAGUAAAUCUAGAUUCACAAGGUCUAGUAUAGACUUUCAAAAAAGUCCUUCGUCGGAUUUCGUAUGGCGGCAGCUUCGCGGCCAAACAAGGCUUGCUCCGCUCGCGAAGAGGUCGACUUGUGGCAAGUCUAGGUCUAGUAAUGUUUUGAGCACUAGCAACUCGUCAUGUUUUAAAUCUCUUUACCAUCUCACUCAGUCAAUAAAACCAAUUCGUGAAUGAUAUUCUAACUGUAAUACUUUGUAACUUCUGUAAAUAGGAUUGAAAUCUUGUGUAAGAAUAAUCCACAAUGCGGACUCAUUCCACUACUUCGACUGCUGGAGAUCUGGAUGGGGUGAGUUUGUAGAUAAACCAUCUCUUCGAGUCAUCUUAAAAUAUUCCGGCUGCAAGCCAAUGACCUGCUUUUCUUGAGUGGAACACAGCUCUUUGAUUAGGAUCAGUUUUGACCAAUCCAAGAGAGCAAAAAUGCCUAUUGUUUCAGAUGCUAAUCGAAGUUCUGGUUGGAGGCCAAACAAAAUCGCAAAAUUACUAUUAACAGUUAAAAUUAUUUACGUGUUAAGAGUGGCACAGAACAGAACGGCUCCUAAUUUGAGUCAUUCGUAAAUGAAAUAGCCGUUCUUAAACCUUGGUUUCCAUAUAAUUUCCGGUCUAUCCUCAGGCGGUCGAUACGAUCAUAUGGAGACACCUUUGAUGUUGCUCAGUGCGACACGGAACGCAAUCACCUGGAUUAAACUGGAGUCUAUAAGGUUAUCUGGCUGACUAGUUUCCAUAGAAUAGGAUUCGGUCACAAUGCUGAUCCUCCCAUCCCGUCUCGAACAGUAUAAAUCUGAUUCUGUAAUAAUGUCAAAAAUAACCCGGAAAUUCAGGCGUCGGUUUUCUUUUAUUUUAAACUGUUUAAGUUGAAGCCAUAACUGCAAUGGUUUGUAGGCAUUACGUGCCCAUCUCAAACUGACGCCUAUUUUGUCCUUUUUCUGCAGGGAUUCUUCGUUUCUUUCAAACUUGAGCACCUAUACCAUGAAGAAUUUUGAUGCAGCUAUGGAGCAUUUUAAAGUUACUUAUCCACUCGUCAAUUCCGAGCUUCUCACACACUACUUUUCUGCUCUGGUAUCGCAGGGUGUUCUACCGAACCCAGAGAAAAAGAUACGAGGUUUGUUUCCUUUAUUCUUGGACUUCCAACUCUCCCUGCUAAUCAUACGAUCGUAUUAAAAGGUGUAAGAGUUUUCUGAUGUAUGGUAACAUCAUCGGAUUUUCGAGAACUACAGUGAUCCAUAAUAGACCUUACAAUAGAGCUUUUGUUUACAGUUAUCUCAUCAGCAUAUGGGCUUCAUUCCCUUACUAUUACACAAGAGAUAGCACUUACUUUCUAUGAAAAUUUUAGUUUUAUGUACUCGCAUUUACUCCGUAAUGUGAUGUUAAAAUCAAAAUUUUACUUAAAAAAAUUUCUUUUGCCGUCCAGAAAUUUUGAGGGUCACUGCAAACUCAAAAAAUUCCUUACAUCACCCGCAUAUUGGCCAUAAUCACGAAUUCGUAAUGAUAGUAUUUGUUGCCAAGCAACAAGUCCGAGAGUACACAUCGUGAUGUGUAUAUAGGGCACUUUGCGAGUUACCAGUUCCCCUUUUGAUAUCAGUGAGGUGGUUUCAAAGUGAACACUACUAAAAGAUGUCUUUGUCCAACGGUAGCGUAAUUAAGAUCUCUAAUUUACUAAAUGUUUGUGAAGCUAUAACAGUCUUCAUGAUGGAAAUUCCUAGACUCAGUGUAUUAUUUAGCUCUGUGGCAUUUUAUGCUGCGUACUGCUCCGCUGUGUUUAUAAAAUGAGAAUGUAUUUGUGUCUAUUUUGAUAGUGCGUUUUCCAUUCCCGCUAAUUUGGUAGAGAGAACUGCCUAGUGAUAACAGCCUUCUGUGACAGUCUUCAGUGACAAGUUGGCUUCUCCAACUGAGGGCCUUGAUUAGCUUGCGAGUGAACCAUCUAUUUGAAACUCGCAAAAGUCAAAGUUAACGCACGACUGAGCUCGCCGUUUGUGCGUAACCCUUCACCUCGUGCAACAACAAAACAAACAACAACAUUGUAUUCAUUAACAGAACUAUAAAGUUUACAAUACUUUAUGCCCGAAAAUAAAUACUAUGCUAAUCUAGGCAGGAGAAAACUUUAAAUAAAGGCGAUAUUAAAUUACAUAAGAAAAAAGGAAAAGAAAAGAAAUACAAUAGCAUACAGAGAGAAACAAACACCUCACAUGUAAAUUCAAGAACAGGGAUUUAUUACUUGAAAAUAGACUAAAAUUACAUCUGGAGGUUUAUACAACUAAUUACGUAUCAGGUUAACUUCUUAAAAUAUUCUGUUAAAUAGUUAACAUUCAAAUAAUUAUCUUCAUUAUCUAGAACGUUAAGGAGUAGUGAUUGCAUUCCUUUACAGACAAUCGCGUAUUAUAAUGAUCCUAGCAUUUACUGUGGUUUCGAAGUUAAUGGUUAUAAAUAUCUUUCUUUGAUAAUCUUUCUAGGUCCCAGGUCCCUAGAAGGAAAGGUUGCCAUAGUAACCGGAGCGUCCAGUGGUAUUGGUGAGAGUGUGGCUAGAACCCUUGCAGAACAUGGUGCUAAAGUUGUUUUAGCUGCUCGGAGAAAAGAAAGGUACCUGAUUGCACAACUAGGAAAGAACACGCGGAUGCCUGGUGAACGAGCGUUAGGUUGAUCAUAGGCGCGCACUGAACGAAGAAAAGACCUCACGCAGCCUAGUAGUUUCUUGGAUUUCUCUCCUGCGGCUUGAAAAGUUUGGGAAGGAAUCCGUUUCAGCAUACGUUAGGAUGUGGGUUAGCAGGGUGGAGAACGCCUGGGGACUAGACCGGAGCUCGAGGUCACUGAUUGGAUAAAACUCAGUCUUGCGCCACUUUUUCAACGCACCAAUCGUUCAAAGGGUGGAUAACGCUAGCCACUCAUGCUAAGUGAUUAAAUCACUAUCCAGCGUAUAUAAACCCAAUUGUUUCCCCUAAUACUUAUACGUUGGAUAGCGCUAUCCAAUGUAUGAACAGCUGGGGCUUAAGAUAAGGGAUAAACGAGACAUUUUCUUGAGAAACUGGUGUCUGUAACAAGUGUUGCCCCUCUGACGAGUGUUCUCCCAGUGGCGGGUGUCGUCCCUGUGAUGAGUGUAGACCCUGUUAGGUGUGUUGUCCCGUGCUUUCGCCUUGGUACUCAGCUGUAUUGAUAACGGAAGGAAAUUGUCCACCGUAAAAAGAUUCAGGUUGUUAGGGUUACGUUUUGUUCUUUUUUUCAGGCUGGAUCAACUAAAAGAUGAAAUUGCAGAGUUGGGUGAUGUAGCGGUUUCUAUGGAAACGAAUGUGGCCAACAGGCAAGAGGUAUUAGAGUAGAUGCUUGUAUUCUGUGAUGCGAUUUCAUGGUACCAAUCUUAAUUCCAUGCACUUCAGGUUUUUGCUGGUCGAUGUACUGUAGUCAUUUAAUUUGUAAAUCUAUCGAUCACGUGAUUACAUGGCAAGGCAAACGGUAUCUCUAUUAUUAUAGUUAAGAUAAGGUCAAUCUUCCUCCUUCCUUAUAAAGAGCUUUUGCUUUGACUAAUUGAGGUAGGUUCAUUUAGUGGAAAUUUUCUAAAACUAAAUCCUCGGAGAAACAACACUUGGACUCUGUUAGGCCAUGUCCGAAUUUCCUUGGGUCUUCUUGUUUAAUACACAAAUUAAACUCGUUUUCUUAUGAAUGGUUGUGCUCUGAGUCUCUUUUUUGAAAAUAGGCCUAGAGCAACUUGAAAAUGGACUCUGGUUUGUAUUCGCUUUCUUUGUCAACAGGUCCUUGAUCUGGUGUCCCGCACAAAUGAUACAUUGGGGCCAGUGGAUAUCAUGGUCAACUGCGCCGGACUGGGCUUUUAUACAUCCAUGAAAAACUGUAAUCUUGAUGAGUGGGAAAAAAUGGUUGAUGUCAACUGUAAGGUACUCACUCAGCUCUAUGGUGAUCAUUGUACUCUGCAUCUUUAUGAAUGACUUCAUGAAAAACUUUUCUAAUCCUGUUUUGUCCGUAACUUUAUCAGGGUGUUAUGAAUAGUAUUGGCGCUGUGCUGCCGGGCAUGCUGGCAAGAAAGAAAGGCCACAUCAUCAACAUCUCGUCAAAUGCUGGUAGAAAGGUAUCAAUAUCUAUCCGUUUUCUUUUUCUGAAUUUCUGAAUUGUUUUUUGAAUUUCUGUUUCCCUUUUUAGCUUUCCGCUUUCCGGUUUGCUUGUAAGUUUCUCUGUUUUCUGCUGUCUUGUUCCUUGUUUCUCUUUUCUCCUGCUUUUCUGUUUUUUUCUCUCUCCUGUUUUCUGUUUUUUCUUCCCUCUUGUCAACAUAAGUUCUCUUCCUUUUCCACCCUUGUUUACAUUCUCCCAAAAGUUGGCUGCGACAAAAUAAAACGAGAUGCUAUCUCCUCCUUUUGUCUCAAUAUCCAGCAAUUCAGUGUGCCUCUAUGAUUUUCCGCUAAGUUCCUUAAAAACAAAACAAAAGAUCACAGGUAGAAGUUAUUUUGCUCAUAUCUUCCCGCGAUAUAUUUAAAUUUUUCAGACUUUCCCUGGAUUGACUGUGUAUUCUGCCACCAAGUAUUUUGUGGAGUCGUUGACUCAGGGUUUGAGACUUGAGAUUGUGGGCAGUGGAGUCAAAGUGACCUCCAUUCAACCUGGUAAUAUAGCGAUUUUUAUUAUAUGGAGGAGAGUGUUUUACUGGGAACUAAACCACUCGUAGAUUCCACUCGUAGAUUCCAUACUCGUUCGCUUCGCUCACUCGUGAGAUAUUGUUCUUGCCUCUCGAACAUGAAAUUCAUAUCUUCUCUCCACCGUGUAAUAUCCUCUAUAUAUAAACUAGAAGUAAUCACAGAAUAGAAUUUACAAUAUUUGAAAGCGAGGCUGGCCUGUUGAUUUCUGAGCAAUUGUGAAGUCAACGUGAUUGUUCGGCAUUUGCGUCGUAGUCUUGUGCCCCCUAUGUAACAGUAGGGUCGAUGGUAAACGCUGAUGCUAAUGUGCACAGUCCUAAUCCUGGGCCCAGUUGUUCGAAAGAUGGAUAACUCCUUCCACUGGAUAAAUCCCUAUCCAGUUGAUAACGCAAUUGGUUUCCCUAAUUCUUAUCCAUUCGACAGUUAUUUAUCCAUUGGAUAGCGCUAUCCAGCGUUUGAACAACCAGGACCAGAUUCAUAAAUCUCUUGAUGUUAUUCUCUCCUAGGUGAUGUCGCAACAGAAUUUGGAAUAGGAAACACCGAUGAGGAGGUUUGCUAUUUUAGUUCCUUAUCGUACAUAUAAAACAACUGAAGGACCAUAAGAUAUACUUCUAAGGGCGCUUUCCAAAAGUCAGAACCGGCCGGCCGGACCAGUCAUUUUGACAAAGCGAUAAGCUUUUUCCAAGAGUUUUUGCUGAAAAAUCAUCUCCCUCGUGCAAACUAUUUAGGAUUUAACAUAUCUGGCUGGGUAAUUUUGAUUAAAAGUGAAAUUCUCAUAACGAUGGGAAUGGUCUGGCCGGUCAGUUCUGACAAAUGGAAAGCGCCCUAAGUUAAUAGGGAAUCAAUUAAGGUUUCAGGGAAACUGCCCACCUACCGCUUACAAGUUUGAUUCUAUAAACAGUUCUAAGAAGAUACUUAAAUUGAGUUCUCUUUUGUGAUACUACAAGUUUUUCAUUUUUUGAUGUGUAUUUUUUUCUUGUUGUUGCUGUUUUUUCAGGCACGAGCAAAAUAUGAAGUUAGCGCCGACAUUAAGAGACUUGACCCGAGUGAUGUCGCGAAUGCAGUAAUUUAUGCAGUGACUCAACCAGCUCACUGUGCCGUUAAUGAAAUCUUGAUUGAACCAGUCGAUGCUCCCUGUUGACGCAAAUUUCAUGUCCGCGCACUAUCUUAAAAAGCGCGAGAGAACAUGUUACCGGAACACGUGCAGUGUGCUGUUAUACUAUGUAAUUCUUGCAACAUGAAUUUUAGGGCAAAUUUCCUGUAUUUCGUGGGAUUUAUCAUCGGGAAAAUGUUGCAGGAGCGCGGUCAUAAGCUUUCGUUUGUACGGUUGUGCAACAUGUUUCUGCAGUCGAACCAGUAGUUGAGCUUGUUAACGACAACCGCCAGGCAGGAAUUAUUGUUAUUUAUUUCGUAGACAGUAUUAUAUACAGGCAUCUACUCGCCACGUCUUACUGUGUUUGCGGACAUUGUGAUUCUGUCCCUGUUACAUGUCUCUUGGCUUCAGGCCCCUUUACAUGUCCUGGUGUGUAUGUCCCUGCAACAUGGUCCCUUGUGUUUUAAAUUUUAAUAAGUUUUUUAUCAUUUUAUUACAUUCAACAACCUGCAAAAAAAAAAGGAGUUAACAAAUUCACACAUCGCAAAACUUUACGAAUUGGAUGUGAAAUGUAUUACAUGGAGGCAUCCGUUAAUGUUCGUACAGCCAGGUUAGUAAAACCACCCCUAUUUUGCUCUUUGAAAUAGUAGUCUUUUCUUAAGUCCUUAUGGCGAAUACGGUAGUUCUGCCGGAACUAUUGGUGCAAAGUGGAACAUUAUUUUCCCUUUUACCCAUGUCUAUAAUGGGGACACUUCUAAUGCGAACACAUGUAGCUCAUGAGUUUUCUUGAGCUACAGUUACAUCUUAAGACAAAGCCAUGUCUACGCAUUAGACAGGUUCCUUAUUGUAGUGGUGAGGAUUGUUUAGGUUAGAUAUUUUUUGGCCUGAAAACGCGAAACGCCCGCAGUUUCUCAGGCUAGAUAUCUAUAAGUCCAAUUUGGGAGGCGUUAAGAAAGGUUGUCCGACUGACUUUUCAGUUUAGAAAUAAAGGUUAGAUAGUUCAGAUUAUUUCAGAAUGCAAACGUGACGUUAAAAGAAUGCUUCAAUAAAUUUUAUAAACGCGGUUCGUAGAAGUUUCUUAAUGGUAUACUACAGGUGACCACUUCUCAUUCCAGCAAAACAUUUUUUUUUUCUAUCUUGUAAUUUUUAGUGGAUUCUUUGUAUAGUUCAUUUAAUAGUCAUAAUAUAUA